CCUUACAAGUAUAAAUAUAUUUAAUAUAUAUGUGUGUGUGCUGGUUCUUUGUAUAUGAAAAAUUAAUAUGAAGUAAAGAUAAAAAUCACGAAGGUUUAGAUAUAUAAGAAGAAAAAGUAUCACAUAAGUGUACGGAAAUGUAUAGUUAUCGGGGUAUAAGAGAGCUUAGACACAUUAGGUGCAUUUAUAUAUGUUAUUACGCGGGUAGGCAACUUAUUCGAAGCCUCACCUUUAAAGUACAGUCCUAUUUUACUCCACACCUCCAAACAGAGAACCCCAACCCCAAUGCUACUCCCGUUUCAGGCUCCCAGCCCAGACAGAACUCGUGGCUCGUCUCAGCACCACUGUCUUCCUCCUGGACAGACCAGACCCGGCCAAAGUCUACAGCGAGGCAGAUACCAAGCACUGCCCCGUUCCCAUACCAUCUGAAGCGACAGCGGCGACAAUGCUCGCGUACCCCAACGGGACGCUGGUACCUGUUGAGUGGCUGGUGGCCGCGUACACCGUGGCGUGACCAUUGGUGGCGGGCGUUCCAGUCUCUCCACCCGCCACUCUGGCUGCCACGCAUGGUAGUAGGCCGCCAGAGUAGAGCGAUGGUCGGAAGUACUGAUGUGCUGGUGGGUGGUGGAGGUAGCAGGCAGUUGGGGUGGCGGGUUGGCAGACCGCCAGACUGCUAGCCACCUCACAGCCUACCGUACGAGACGGCAGGCAGAGAGGGCUGGCAAAGCAAGGCAAGGCGACCCAGGCCGCCAUACCCUUCCCCACAACCACCACAACCAUCACCGAUCACAUUUAACUCUGUCUGAUCUCCGCAACACCAAUACGCACCCUCCACACGCUGGCCAUCCACGCAACGAGUCAAGACAUGCGGGGUGCGUGCGUGUGGAGAUCACCCAUCCGCGGGGGUGGCGGCG